AUGGCCUACGAAUUCUCUGUUCGGCUUCAAAAGGACUAUGUGGAUCGUGGUACGCAGACGGAACCAGAAAAACCAUCCGUAUCCUCCGAAUCAGAUUCCCCAGUGUCUGAAGAGUACUCCUGCUUGGUCAUUUCUCAGCCGGCCGCUGAAAAUUUCACUUCUUUUAUGUGUGAGAGCGCAUAUAGCCGCCUCCAGCAGCCUGGUAUUUCCCUACCGUCCGUAUGUCAGCCUAGUCCGCAAGUUUCGCGUCCCUUGCGUGGCCAUCCUUUGGCGUUAUAUAAUCGCCCUCUUGAAUCUCAUCGGGUGGUCUCUCUUCCAGGCAAAAUCUCUCCUUUCAAGGAGCAGCAAUCCAACGAAACGAAGCUUCGAAUAGUUUCCAACCCAGACUACCUCAGAGUUCCGUCCUCUGACUUUGGGCCCUCAUCUGGUGCAGAUCCUUACGAUGACUCUGGUUCAACUGAUGCAUGUUCUAUUGAUCAAGACCGGGACUGGUCAUAUCAACAUCACCCUACGAGGCCUUGUUCUCCGGCCGAUAUACCUCGAACUCCGUCUCCUCCGUCAUCUCCCGAAUCAAUCACAAUAAUAGGUAAUGAUUCUCAAGUGCCAGAAUCCUUUCUUCGGCGACAACAAAAGUAUUCAACUUGUGCCUAUCCUGACCCCAAUGGGUGGAUUUCGUGGGCAAAAUCUCCACCCAAGCCUAUCCCCGCUUUACAUGGACCUUCAUCGCUGCCUUACGCCAGGUGUCCAUCUGGAGCCGAAGGCACCGUUAUAGAUGGGGAGGAUCUAUCGCAUAUGAUUUGGGGUUUGGACGUCUCCACAUCCUUCUCAAGCUCUAGAAGAAUUACCAGCCAAGGCUCCUUUCCCCCAAGACUGCAAAAACCACAAAACUCAACAUUGACCACACGGCGUGCCGAACCUAUCGAUAUAGGAUCCCGUCCAGUGGCGCUCUCCCAUCAAUUUAAAAUCCAAGAAAGACACCCCUUCAGUACUGCCAGCGACGGAAAGUCUCAAGAGAAUGACCAGACGUAUUCAACACGCUAUGCAAGACCUGUCCAAGGCCACCGUCCUCAACACUCGCCCAUAGAUGGAACUCAUGAGGACAACUGGCGAUUUGGGCUGGGAAUACAACUCGGUCGGGAAGGUAGCCUCUUGGAGUACCCGUUACAGGCCGCCAAUAACACUCCUAAGACUAAAUAUCCCAAUUCGUCAGCUGCGAUUUUCGUUCCUACUCAAUCACAGCAAUGUUUUGACCCUCGCGUAAUUAUCGAGUCAAGGACCAAGUUUCGAAUCGAUCAAGUCCCACACAGGCUGUCUGCUCUUGAUGUCGCUCAGCAGUAUCGGGCAAAACAACUUCUCCAAAAUUCUUUGCCAACACCUCCGUCAUCGUCGUCCUCCCAGUGGAAUCCAGUUUUUCUCCCUGCAUAUGUCGAUGCUGAAUCUCUAGCUGUGGCAGCACCGCUUGAACAAUCAGUCAGAAUAGCGCAACAGGUACAAAGCUUUGCUCCUCAGCAAAAAUUUUAUGCUUCCGAUUACACUCUGCAUGACCCUCGUUUAUUUUCGGGACGAUAUGACCCUUCAGGUAUCGGCAUACCAGAUGUAGCUCUGACGGCAACCCCAGGAUCCGAUGUCCCUUCCUCAACACAAAACAAUAUACCUCAAGCGUACGAGGCUCAGGAACUCUUGACCUUGAUGUCCUGCCUCUCACCUUCCCCGGUAACAACGCCGUUUGCCUCCCUAUCUGCCAGUCCGCCGAGAUCAGCCCGGAGCAUCGGAUCUCAUCUCAGUAGGGAGAGCAACAAGAACGACCUGGUACUUGCGCCUCUAUCUCCCGACUACCGACGAAAUCUAUCCCACCAACAGCCUCGGUCUAUCCCUCUCGCCCGCCUCAUACAGCGACGACUUUCAUCGGUCACUGAAGAAGACCUAGUUAGAGACCAGCCAUCCAAAGAGCCCCCGCCAAGAGACGCCUGUAGUGCCCUUUUCUCCAGAAGUUUUAAGAUUCGAACCGCUCAAAAUGCCGGCACGAGUCAAGAUCCCAUCGUCACUGCCUUGACUCCACAAACUCAAACAGAUGAUCUGGUCGAGUCCGUUUCAACCCCGACCUCAACUCAGCUGGUGUCAAACACCAAUGUCACCGUAAAGCUACCAGCCAAGGGCACCCGUGUCAGCUCAAAAUUCGCAUCCAACGUUGGGCCGGAGUUCCGCGAUACUCCAACAAACGAGAGCUCUGUAGUCACGCGGAAAAACGCGAAGUUCAAGAAAAGUAGGUCUUGA